ACACUGCAUACGUGUUUCCUCUGCAGCGUCCUGGCUGCAGCCGUGCCAGAACACUCGGGGGCUUAGGUUGUGUAUGUUUCCUGUGAGGCAAGGGCAGCCCGGAGAGCCGGCAUGCCGCACAUGCCAGAGGAACUGUGCAAGCUUGCUGCUGAAGGCAUAGUUUCUGUGUGUCAGGCCUUCCUGGUAGGAGACCUGGUGACACAGUAGCCUUUAGGCAGAGCUCCUGAGGAUCUGUAGGAAGUACUGUGGCAGGUUUCGUGGGGGGGAAUCUGAGCCAUUCCCAAGCCUGGACAAGCCGACUGCCAGCCAGGAUUUUGUGGACGUUUACUACUUUGUCAUUAUGAGAUGUCGUCUCUCGGUGCCUCCUUUGUGCAAAUUAAAUUCGACGACUUGCAGUUUUUUGAAAACUGCGGUGGAGGAAGUUUUGGGAGUGUGUAUCGAGCCAAAUGGAUAUCACAGGACAAGGAGGUGGCUGUAAAGAAGUUACUCAAAAUAGAGAAAGAGGCAGAAAUCCUGAGCGUCCUCAGUCACAGGAACAUCAUCCAGUUUUAUGGAGUGAUUCUGGAACCUCCCAACUAUGGCAUCGUCACAGAAUAUGCUUCCCUGGGCUCCCUGUAUGAUUACAUUAACAGCAACAGGAGUGAAGAGAUGGACAUGGAACACAUCAUGACCUGGGCCACCGACGUAGCCAAAGGGAUGCAUUACCUACACAUGGAGGCUCCGGUCAAGGUGAUCCACAGAGACCUCAAGUCAAGAAACGUUGUUAUCGCUGCUGAUGGAGUGCUGAAGAUCUGUGACUUCGGAGCCUCGAGGUUCCAUAACCACACAACACACAUGUCCUUGGUUGGAACUUUCCCAUGGAUGGCUCCAGAAGUUAUCCAGAGUCUCCCUGUGUCUGAAACCUGUGACACAUACUCCUAUGGUGUGGUUCUCUGGGAGAUGCUAACAAGGGAGGUCCCCUUUAAAGGUUUGGAAGGAUUACAAGUAGCUUGGCUUGUAGUGGAAAAAAACGAGAGAUUAACCAUUCCGAGUAGCUGUCCCAGAAGCUUUGCGGAACUGCUGCAUCAGUGUUGGGAAGCUGAGGCUAAGAAACGGCCAUCAUUCAAGCAAAUCAUUUCAAUCCUGGAGUCUAUGUCAAAUGACACGAACCUUCCUGACCAGUGUAACUCAUUUUUACACAACAAGGCGGAAUGGAGGUGUGAAAUUGAGGCAACCCUUGAGCGACUUAAGAAACUAGAGCGAGAUCUCAGUUUUAAAGAGCAGGAGCUCAAAGAACGGGAGAGACGUCUGAAGAUGUGGGAGCAGAAGCUGACCGAGCAGUCCAACACCCCGCUUCUCUUGCCUCUCUCUGCAAGAAUGUCUGAGGAGUCUUACUUUGAAUCUAAAACAGAGGAGUCAAACAGUGCAGAGAUGUCAUGCCAGAUCACUGCAGCAAGUAACGGGGAGGGCCAUGGCAUGAACCCAGGCCUGCAGGCCAUGAUGCUCAUGGGCUUUGGGGAUGUCUUCUCAAUGAACAAAGCAGGAGCUGUGCUGCAUUCUGGGAUGCAGAUAAACAUGCAAGCCAAGCAGAAUUCAUCCAAAACCACAUGUAAGAGGAGAGGGAAGAAAGUCAACAUGGCCUUGGGGUUCAGUGACUUUGACCUGUCAGAAGGUGACGAUGAUGACCAUGAUGGUGAUGAUGCUGAGGAAAAUGAUGUGGAUAAUAGUGAAUGACACCAGAAAGGAAUAAGCGUGAAAAUGCUUUAUUCUGUUUUUCUGUUUGUUUUUUGUUUUUUUUGUUGUUGGUUUUUUUUUUUUUUUUUUUUUUUUUUAGAAGAACAGAAGAAAUGUGUUAUUUCAGUCUAUGCAAAAGAACAGCAUAGGGAGGCAGGGCCCCCAGCACUGCGCCCUAGGCCGAGCUCAUUCAGGGUGGUUCCCUCAUCAGUGUGACUUUGCUUUUGCGCUCAGAAAAAGGGUGGGGAAAUAAGCUAAAGGUGUUUUAUCAGCAAGUGCUGUGCCUGGUUAUAGAAAUACAUGAUUACACACAUAUCAUGUUCUUGAGCUAAUGACAUUUGAGCUUUUUCUUUUUAAAGCACGUGCUUUCUAGUUUGUAUUUGACUGUAUUUAAUCCUUUCACUCAGUUGGUUAAGAAAAUGUCCAUUUCGAGCAAGCACUCUGCUCCUGACUUCACUCUGACACUUGAUUCUUCCCCAGCAUACCAAGGUUCCUUCCUUGUACAGCACGUUCUAAUGGCGGAAGUGAUUGGUAACUAUAAAAUCCAGGAAAAAACAAAAAACAAACAAACAAACAAUAAAAACCUGAGGUGAGAUGAAAGAAGAGUAUUAAAAAAAUACCUCUUCAGAAAUACCUAAAUGCCAAGAAUCUUCAAUGCCAAAUAGCACACAGCUCCUCAAAGUAAAACCCGAGUGGUGUUCUCAGUAGCUGCAUUUGAAGGAGAAACGCUCUGGUUUGAAGCAGGCUGCAGAUGACAUUACACACUUGCAUGUCCAUGCUGGCUAGAAGCAUCCUAGCAAUAGCACACUGUCACCCUAGGCUUAGCUUGUCCCUUACACAGAAGCACAUGGUCGCAAAGGGGCAUGUCUAGUCAUGGAGCAGGACGAGCGCUAGCCUGCUCUUUACAUGCAAUAAAGACAAUCUGUUUCUUUGUUUUCCAGGGGUACAUAGUAACACUACUAGAUUUUAAUCUAUGUGUAGGAAAAAUAACACUCUAAAUAGGAAAGAUAAAUUAUCCUUCUUAGACACACGUGCAUUCUGAAGGGAUCUUUCUGUUACAUGUAGCCUCCCCCAACACACCUACUUUCUUUUCUUUUUACUGUUCUCUGUUCUGCUGGUUAGAGAAAUAGAUUCAGGUACACUUACUAUGAAGGCCAAGUUUCCCAGAGACACUCUAAGAAGGCUAGCACUAGCAGCCAAAAUUUAUUUAAACUGUAAACUCACAUAAAAAUUACAACUAGAUAAAGUUAAAGCAAAAGUUUUUAAUCAAUCUAACUCAGAAAUUGGUGUCAUUCAUUUGACAAUGAAAGUUAAAUGCUUUUGGUGGGUUUUUUUAUAUAGAAGUUAUAACAUCGGGUGAGCAUGGUAGCUCAUGUUCAUAAUCCUGGCCCUCAGAGGCUGAGGCAGGAGAGUAGUGGGUUUAGUAUUAGCUAUGUCGCAAGACUAUGUAUGAGCAAUGUUGAAAGACUCUUAUCUCAAGAAAGGACUAGGUGUCACUACUGCUGUUUCUAAGCGUGUUUGGUCAUGAAGUCUUCUGGAAUUUGAGAUAGGACAGGCCUCUAAUCCUCGGUGAGGAUUGAAAAGUAGCAUCAAAAAUGGAAAGUGUGCACUACAACUUUAUCUGGGAAGAAAUAACUAGUGGACUGUUCUGGGUAUCUAUUUGCUGUGCAGGUAGACUAAUCUCUGAGCCUGUUUACCCUUUGUUACCAUGACAGCACAUAACGUACUUCAAAGAAAAAGGUUCAGAAGGAAAGUAUGUAACCACGUAGCCUAGCACCAGGCCAUGCCGGGGCUAUGGUUAAUUGCCAAGUAAAGGAAACAUUGAGAAGUACGUGGGUUCCGUAACCUUCUGGACCACUACACUAUUGCAAGUGACACUGGCUCUGAAGUAUGAAGUUAAAAGUAGAUAGCUUUCAUGAAAAGUAAAGAGAGCAAAAAUGAGGAAUGUAAAAUGCACAAACAGUUUAAUUCAGUUGCUCUUGGAAGAUCCACAUGUGCUGGGUGCAUACAGACAGGUAAAGGCUGCCUAAGAAAAUAGGCUCUGCCCUCACGCCCCACCCUGCUGGAAUCCUCUGCACAUGCAUACUCUAGACAUGCAGCCAGGCUGCUCAAACAGAAAGUCUUGGAGGGAGCAGAAGGGACGCCUAGCAACUCUUCAUUUUCCAGCGUGCCAUGAGCACCCGAAGGACACAGUGGGAAUCAGUGGGUUCAGGAGCCUCCUGCACAACUGCCCAGGCUACAAGAGAGCCUCCUGUUCAACAAGCCUUUGCUGGGACCCAGUGUCUGCCAAAUUCUAGAGAACAGCUAGGUGACAGCCUUUGUACUCCUGGAGCACGCACGCUACUGAGCGUCACAGAAUGACGGGACUCAAUAAGUGUGUGCUGGAAGUUGAAGCAAGGAAGGAAGAUGGGGCUAGAGGGAGGAGUCUUGAAAGCAUGCUCAGGAAAGGCCCUCUGUUACGUGGUGAUGCUACAGAGCCCAAGAAGGUAAAGGGACCUCUGUGAGCGGUGAGUUCUGCCCUGUAUGUAAGAACAUAAACCUCACCACCCACUAAUCAAGAGUUGGUUCAGAACUCAUGUAUGGCAUGGAAAUAAUGUAUUUCCUAAAUUAGUAUCUAAUUCAUAUUCUACAUAAAAAUUGUAGUACCAGUAAGGGAAAGUUACUGGAUUCUAUACCCAGCCUGGGUUGAGCACCACCCUGGCAUAUUCCUCCCAUCUCCUAACUGCCGCCUUUUUCUCUAACAACAUUGCAGUCAUGUUCACGGCUCAGUACUGUCAUGAAGAAACCACAGGGCUUAGCAUUGGGCAGAACGAGCCUCAGGGAAGAGCUUCCCACCACUCUAUCUAGAACCACAGAAUAUGCCAUUGGGCGCUUUACUUCUGCUCCAAUCAAGUGUUCAUCUAGUGCUAGGCGUUAAAAUGUGCAAACAUACCUGAAACUUGACUCAUAUAAACAGGACCCAUAGAAUUCUCACAUCUUCUG